AGGUGACGCUUCGUUCAAACAUGGCGCAUUGUGUGUGGAUAUAAAGUCACGAUCGAUCAUGGACGCCGCCGACGAAGCAAAGACGCGCGGCAACCGGUUCUUCCAAGAAGGGCAGUACCAGCAAGCCAUCGAUGCGUUCACGGAGGCCAUCUCGAUCGACCCGUCCAAUGCUGUGUACUACUCGAACCGGUCGGGAGCGUACUUGAAGGUGAACAAGGCCGCGCUCGCCGUCACAGACGCUCGCAAGGUCGUCGAAUUGCGCCCAGACUGGCCAAAGGGGUAUUCCCGUCUUGGAACGGCGCUCUUUUACCAGAAGAAGUACACGGAAGCCAAAGCUGCGUACGAGAAGGGUCUGACGAAGGAUGCCACCGACGCCAACCUGAAGGACGGACUCAAGAACGCUUCCGCCGCACUUUCUGGUGUCGGCGCACCGCAAACGCUGCGUCAACUGUGCUGGGAAACCACGCACGCCAAGUUCCGAACGUUCCAGUUUGCCCUGCGAGCGUUGCAGAUCGUGUCGUUUGUGUUGUACUGGACAGCCGGGUGGGGCAGCCCCGACUUUGCCGCGUUUUGCUUUGCCAACUUCUUCAAGCUCGCCGCGAUUAACUACGUGUCGUUCCUGGCGUACAACCACGGCACUCCCAAGUUGACCCAGGCGUACGCCCAGCGCCUCGUCAUGGACCCUGCCACGCAGUCGCUCCUGUUUUCAUUGCUCUUUUGGUUCUCAACGCCGUACGCGUUGGCGCUGUUCCCGAUCCUCGCCAACGAACUCGUCCACUUUGCAUCGUUCGCGGGCUCGCUUCUCCUGGCCGUCAACUCGUCCCUUGGGUCGACCCUCGAAACCCAAGUGUUUGACCGUGUCAUGCCGUUUGUCGUGGUACGUCACAUAUUCUGCAGUGCAUCCCAUCGUGGCAUGAAACUUGUCGGCCCGUCUACCUUGUCUUUGGAUGUCCUAUACUAGUCUGGGCGUAUGUGGAGCGCAUUCCCGAUGAGUUUCUCUCUCGUUUGACAACUAUGUGCGCAUUGUGGCUCCGUCUCGGCGACUUUGUCGAGUCGUUGGAUGGGUACAUCUAGCGUGUGUGCUUUGGAGUGGGUGGAAUAGAUGGGCUGCCCCGUGGCCCCCGCCUGGACCAGUGGUUGGCGCUGUUGGAAGCUGACCACUGCAAGUGAGAUGGAUCGGACGACUGCUCGAGGCUGGCGUGCCAAAAGGAGCAUGUUUGUGGGAGCGCAAACGCAAUGGCAUACGCUCAACACACACGCCAAGUGGGCCGCCGUGUACCACCGCGUACCGACCCUGGUGGCGUCGUUGGAAGUUGCGAUCGGGCUGAGUUUGAUCUUGGAACUGAUUACGCCGGCACGCAACUUUAUGCUGCUGCUCGUGUACUGGCAACUCCUGCGCAUCCGCUACAUGAUUUCGCCGCAACUUAAGAACGCGUUUGCCGACUUGGACCGCGGCAUCACGACGAUUGUGUACCAUCCCCGGUGCCCCCCGAUUGUGUCGACUGCGUACGCGAAGCUCAAGGCCAUGCUCGGCAAGAUGGUCGAAAUGCCCACACCCGAGCAAGCCCAACAGCAAACCACGUCCAAGUGUACUAUCAUGUAGAGUUAGCAAUCCUCCCUUAACCAUGCCAAUUCUCUUUCGUGUCUAGUACUGCAA